UUGACAGAUCAGCUGUUCGGAUUUGACAGUUACCACUAUUAAUAAUCUGACGUGGUUAUUUUUUUCUGGUAAAAUACAUCGUUACCGCAACGAAACCAGCAUCAAUUUUUAAGAAAAAACGGACUUUUACCGCAAAGAAAUACCCCUGGCAGCCGCUUCUCAAGACACGAUGAGGCUCUCGUUAUUCCUUAUAGGAGCACUACUGUCCUGCUUAACAGUACAAUAUGUUGAAAGUAUUGCCGUUAUGUCAGUGGACCUCGGUUCUGAGUGGAUGAAGGUAGGCAUAGUCUCACCGGGAGUCCCGAUGGAAAUAGCAUUAAACAAAGAAUCGAAACGAAAAUCCCCAGCUAUUAUUAGUUUCCGGGAUAACGUGAGACUAUUCGGAGAAGAUGCUCAGACCAUCGGUCUUAGGUUUCCCAAGCAGGCAUAUGGAUACUUAAUCGACUUGCUGGGUAAAAGUAUAGACCACCCAUUGGUGAAACUCUACCAGGAAAGAUUUCCUUAUUACGAGAUCGUGCCUGAUAAAGAAAGAAACACAAUUAUGUUUAAGCAAGAUGAUGAAACCUAUUUUACUCCGGAGGAGCUAAUUGCCCAACUUCUGUCUAAAGCCAAGGAGUUUGCCGAGAAUAGUGCUCAGCAACCAAUUAAGGAGUGUGUUCUUACUGUGCCUGGGUUCUUCAAUCAAGUCGAGAGGAAAGCUUUCUUAAAGGCCGCCGAAUUGGCUGGACUUAAGGUGCUGCAACUUAUGAAUGAUUAUACAGCGGUUGCUUUGAAUUAUGGCAUUUUCAGAGCCAAAACGUUCAAUGAGACUGCCCAGUAUGUCAUGUUUUACGAUAUGGGAGCGUCCUCUACCACGGCCACUUUAGUAAGCUACCAAACUGUAAAAACCAAGGAGAGGGGAUUUGUGGAAACCCAUCCACAGGUAUCAAUUUUGGGUGUCGGAUAUGACCGAACGCUCGGCGGCCUAGAGAUCCAACUGCGUCUCAGAGAUUAUUUAGCGAAAAAGUUCAACGAAAUGAAGAAAACGUCCAUGGACGUCUUUAAGGACGCCAGAGCGAUGGCCAAGUUGUUCAAAGAAGCGGGACGCUUAAAAAACGUUCUAUCGGCCAACUCGGAACAUUACGCCCAAGUGGAGGGUUUAUUGGACGAAAAAGACUUUAAAUUGUUGGUGACCAGGGACGAAAUGGAAGCACUUAUCCGGGAUUUGUUCGAGAGGGUCGCCAAACCGGCCGAGCGCGCUUUGAAAACCGCCCAUUUGACUAUCGACGUUGUUAGUCAGUUGGUGUUGGUUGGGGCAGGAACCAGAGUGCCAAAAGUGCAAGAAAUCCUUCAAAAAGCGAUGGGUAGGGAGUUAUCGAAGAACCUUAACACAGACGAAGCGGCCACAAUGGGAGCCGUUUAUAAAGCGGCCGACUUAAGUACCGGCUUUAAAGUGACCAAGUUUUUAACUAAAGAUGCCGUUUUGUUCCCCAUCCAGAUCGUUUUCCAAAGGGAAACCAAAGAAGGCAUUAAAACAGUCAAAAGGACACUUUUUGGCCUAAUGAAUCCACACCCCCAGAAGAAAAUCAUCACGUUCAACAAACACACCACGGAUUUCAGUUUUACUGCCAACUACGCCGAACUAGACUACUUACCGGAAGUGGAAGUUGCUUACCUAGGACCUCAAAACAUUAGCGAGUACAAACUUAAAGGAGUGACGGAGGCAUUGGAGGCCAACCUGGGUCCAAACUCCGAAAGCAAAGGCAUCAAGGCCCACUUUAACCUGGACGAAUCCGGUUUAUUAAAUUUGGCAAACGUGGAACUCGUUGUGGAGAAAACCGUGGAUCCGUCAGAGAACGAGGGAACUUUCUCGAAAAUUGGCAGCACUUUCAGUAAGUUGUUCGGGGGUAAACAGGAGGAGGAGGGUGAAGCCCCGGCUCCUGCAGAAGAGAAACCUGUGCAUGAAAUCCAUGAAGAUGAUAAACCAGAAACCGGUAAACCGGAAGAGAAUAAAACCAGUGAGGAAGUGAAACAAAAUUUGACGGACGUGAAUAAUGCCACGGAAUCUUCUAAACCUAAAAUCGUGACGGUUAAGACCCCUAUAAAGUUCGAGGAAGUCGUUUUAUCUAUUAAGGGACUGAGCGAAAGCGACUACAAGAAAUCCGAGGAGAAAAUUAAGAAACUGGACCAAGUGGAGCGGGAACUCACCAGACGUGCCACAGCACUAAACAAUUUGGAAAGUUUCGUUAUCGAUGUGCAAAAUAAACUUUACGAGGACGAGUUUACUGAGGCAUCCACAGAAGAAGAGGCCGAGAAGAUCAGAAAAGCCUGCUCAGAAGUCUCCGAUUGGUUAUACGAGGACGGAUCAGAAGCGGACGCGGAAACUUACGAAAAAAAACUGGAUGAAGUGCGUCUCUUAACCAAAGAACUGUUCAGUAGAGUGUGGGAGCACAAAGAGAGACCGGAAGCUUUAAAGGCCCUACACUCGAUGCUCAACCACUCGACCGCUUUCCUGAAAACUUCCAAAAACUUCACGGAAACGAAAAAUCCGGAAAAUUUCGUGUUCAAAGACACCGAGGUGGAUCAGCUGGAAAAACUGAUCGUUAGUACGACAGAGUGGCGCGAUAAAAUGGUGCAGGAGCAAGAAAAAGCGAAAAAAUCCGAAACACCGAAGCUCAUAGUGAAGAUGCUGAUGGAUAAAAUGGCGGCCCUCGAUCGGGAGGUGAAGUAUCUGGUGAACAAAUUGAGGAACUUUAGGCCGAAAAAGGUGGAGAAACCGUUGGAGUCUUCGGGUGAUAACAGCAGCACCGUUGAGGAAAAUAAGGAAACUGAGGAUACGAUAGAGACCCCAAAGGAACAGGAGACGAAUCAGACGAGCACUGACCCAAAAGGUGACAAGGAUGAACAUUCGGAGUUAUAAGUGAAACUUAUAGACUAAUAGGGCAUUUAAUUUAUUUAAAUUAUUAUUGUUUUACAAAGAAUGAUUGUGGGUAUAGUUACUUUAUUUUCUGAUGUGAUUUGGUUGGUUAGAUGUUAACUGUGAUUUAUUGGACAAUUUUUGUUAGUGCUACCGAGGGCCACUUACAAAGAAAGUAAAACAAUCUUUUUCCAUGACA